UGACAGGUAAGAUGUGACUAUGCUGCCAGCUCGACUUUAACCAGCGACACCAAACACAGAGUAAACUGGGAGGAGAACCAUGGACUGGAAGAAGAUUCUGCAAGAAGCCACUGCGACGCAAAGACGCACCAGGUGACUGAACUGGGGCCUGAGUGAUGCCUGGAGUUACAGUAUGUCCAACGUGGUAUUCUUUUUCCCUCACUUGUAUUAGUUAAAAGGAAGACAGUGAAGGAGGAUGGAAUAACAGAAGGAAGCAUCAAAGACAAGGAAACAAGGGCAGUGCUUACUUCCCCUUCUCCUGACCAAGGACUUGUAACAAACAGUUGUUCCUCUCUAGUGACAACUCGGUCAAACCUGUGCCAUGUUUAUGCUCGUCAGUGUCACACGCUACUUCUACCUGGACUGGCUCUAAAUGAAGAGGUGGAAAACAUGGCGACAUUUCACAGCCCCUCUUCACUUAGCACUAAAUGAAUGACCGUAACCUUUGAUUAAUAAAAGCUUGGGGAAUAAAGAGGCCAGUCAUUAGAAAAUAUGACCGCCAACGUUAGCUCCAGAAUCGACACCACAACAAACAUCUCUCUGAGUCCCAGUGUUGCUGUCUAUGAGUCGUUAGAAUACAAGACGGUGUCAGUGUUCCUGGUUCUGUUGGUGUGUGGCGUGGGCAUUGUGGGCAACAUCAUGGUGGUCCUUGUGGUCGUCACCACGCGCCACAUGAGGACUCCCACAAACUGUUACUUAGUGAGCCUGGCCAUAGCUGAUCUGACGGUGCUGGUGGCAGCGGGGCUGCCCAAUGUUUCGGAUAGUCUGACCGGCACAUGGGUUUUUGGCCACGCCGGCUGCCUGGGGAUCACCUACCUUCAGUACCUGGGCAUCAAUGUGUCCUCCUGCUCCAUCACUGCCUUCACUGUGGAGAGGUACAUAGCGAUCUGCCAUCCAAUGAAAGCACAGACAGUUUGCACAGUGUCCAGGGCCAAGCGCAUCAUUGCCGGCGUUUGGAUGUUCACUUGUGUCUACUGCAUGCUGUGGUUUUUCCUGGUGGACAUUCAGGUCAGCCAGGACGGACACGUGCAGUGCGGCUACAAGGUGAAACGGGAGCUCUACCUGCCCAUCUACCUCAUUGACUUUGCCAUUUUCUACAUCAUCCCCCUGCUCCUUGCCAUUGUGCUGUAUGGCCUGAUAGCACGGAUCCUCUACCUCAGCCCUCUACCUAACCAUCCCGACACCAGUGCCACCACGCUGCGUCGGAGCUGUCGGGAAGCCCCUGACUCUGGGAAGGGUGGUCGGCAGGUGCGGCCAGCGGUCAUGUUCUCCUCCAGGAAACAGGAACACUGCUCCUACCACCACAAGGACUGUAAAAACGUGGCCUGAUGAUGCUUCUCAGCAGCUACAGGACUGUUUUGAUAGGACCAACUGGGAUGUUUUUGAACAUCCAGACCUGGAGGUGUUCACAGGCAGUGUCCUGUGUUAUAUUAAGAACUGCAUAGACACUGUCACUGUGGACAAACGCAUCAGGGUCUAACCCAACCAGAAGCCCUGGAUGAACUGGGAGGUCAAGCGGUUACUGAGAGAGGAACACUGCCUUCAGGACAGACGACAGGGCUCUCCACAGUGUGGCCCGAGCUAACCUGAAGAGAGGCAUCAGAAAGGCCAAAUUGGACUACAGGAGGAGGAUCGAAGACCAUCUGGACAGCAACAACAGCAGGCAGGUGUGACAGGGAGUCCAGCAUCUUACCAACCACAGGAAUAAUCUCGGUGCGGCUGAAGGUGACGCUUUGCUGGCAGAUGAGCUGAACCUCUUUUUUGCCGGCUUUGAGGGACAGCAACCAGACACAGCCAAACUGCACCCUGCGGCCCACAGCGGCCCCACCCUCACAGUAGGGGAGCAUGAGGUGAGGUGCACACUGUGGGCUGUAAACCCAAAAAAGGCUAUUGGACUGGAUGGUGUCCCCAGACGUGUGCUGAAGGACUGCGCAGACCAGCUGGCUGGAGUCUUCACCAGCAUCUUCAACCAGUUUCUGGCCCAGUCCACUGUCCCACCCUGCCUGAAGUCCUCCAUCCUAGUUCCCCUGCCUAAGAAACCCAACAUAACCUGCCUCAAUGACUACCGGCCAGUUGCACUCGCUCCAGUGGUGAUGGAAGUGUUUUCAGAAACUGGUAUGGGGACACAUUAUAUCAUUCCUCCCACCAACAUCUGACCCACACCAGUUUGCAUACAGGGCAAAUCCACAGAGGAUGUCGUAGCCACAGCCCUCCACGUCGUGCUGUCCCACUUGGAGCAUCAGGAGAGCCAUGCACGGUUGCUCUUUGUGGAUUAUAGCUCCGCAUUCAACACCAUCCUCCCCCACAAACUGGUGGACAAGCUGGUGGACCUGGAAAUUCCAUAUUCCACCUGCAUAUGGAUUAAAAGCUUCCUGUCUAGACACAGCCAGACGGUGAGAGUGGGCCCACACACAUCCACGGCUCUCAGCCUCAGCACUGGUUCACCACAAGGCUGUGUGCUGAGCCCCCUCCUCUACACCCAUGACAU